CCCGGCCCCGCCGCCGUGUCGUGGCGCGCCGGCGGCGCGCUGGUGACAUCAGCCCCCGUUAGGAUGUUCGCGCAUUUCGGCACGCCAAGCCAGAGCGGUGUGUGUGCGCCGGACGGGCCUGCUCCGCUGUGCUUUAUGGCUUCGUGUGGCCAAAGAAGUAGAGAAACCGGGAAUCUCGUGCCUUCACCAACAGAGCUUGUAGUGACAUCUGAAAAUUUCAAAUCAGUUUUGCAUUGGCAGUACCCACCUGUGUCUGAAACCCCUCGUUUUAUUGUGGAAAUCAAGCCUAACAAUUUAGGUUACUAUAAGAAAAUCUCAACCUGUAUGAACACUACAGAUCAUUUUUGUGAUUUCUCAAAGGAAAUAUAUGACCCUUAUUUAUCUCACUGGCUUCGAGUUAAAGCUAUUGUUGGCUCACAACAGUCUGAGUAUGUUGAGUCAAAGGAGUUUAUUUUGCAAAGGCAUGGAAAAAUAGGACCACCAAAACUGAGUCUCUCAAGACAUGGUGAUAAAAUCACGGUUGAUAUUUACCAUUCUGUAUUCCCUCUUUCUUGUAUUGAAGACAUUUAUUCAAAGCUUGAGUAUUUGGCGAUUGUUUGGGAUAGUAAAAAUAAGACUGAAGAGCUCUAUGUGGACAACUGUACAAUGCAUAAGUGCAGCCUCAAAAUCCCAAUUUCUACUGAAAAUUCUACUUACUGUGUUUCAGCAACAGGAAUUUUUGAUAAUCUGAUGUUUGGCACUCCAUCAGAGGAAAGUUGCAUUUCUGUUCCUCUUAAGCAGACAUCAAGUACACAUGGUAUCAUCAUUGUGUGCGUUGUUAUUGGGAUCUUGACUGUAUUAUUUUCGGUGUAUUAUGGCUGCAAAAAACUAAGGAAAGACAACAUACAGCUGCCAAAGUCAUUGGUCAUUGUGAUGAGAAACCUGAACACAGGCACCUUACUGGGACCGAGGUCAGACGGGAAGUAUAUAUCCGUAAUUAGCUUCCCGUCGAGCCACUCGGAGUUGCCAGUGAAUGGUGAAGUAACCUUGCUGGUCACAGAGCCAGAAGAACAAACUGUUAGUCCUACGAAUUCCUGUGAUGGAGAAUCUUCUGUCCCAUCCCCAGAGCCACCAGCCAAUGUAGAAGAGGUGCCUGUUCAGGAAAGCACAGAGGAGGUCUCUUCUGAUGCUGAAGAACAAAACUGUGGGGUAAAAGAGAAUUACUUCAUUUCUGACAGUAGCCAAAUGGAUAUCUGCAAUGAGUCUUCAGGGUCAGAGAUCUCUACCACAGAAAGACAGCAAACGGUGAUUCCAAGCAGCUGCUUCAAGUUUUCUGGCUAUGACAAGCCUCAUGUUCCAUUAGAUAUGUUGAUGAUAGAUGUUGGUGAAGAGCAGCCUGUGAAUGCUUACAGGCCAACUGAGUAGGCAGGAUAACUGAAGUGCCUAACCACAACUCAGAAGAGCAUUACUGAAGGUUUUGGAAAGUGUGGGUUAAAUUGUGAUUAUCUACAAGUUGUACUUGUUCUGGUCAGUAAACAAUUGAAAAUAGUAUCUGAAAAUGGCAUAAAAAAUGUGGGGAAAUUUAAUAGUAACCACUUUUUGAAAUGCUUUUGUAUAUGAUAUAACUCAUUAUUUCCUAUUUGAAAUAGUGCUGUGUUUUUUAACAAUACUCUAUAGAAAAUAUACCAUCGACUAUAAAACACCAGCUGUACCAUUAUGCACUUCUGCUUCAAAUCUUGCUCAAAAUCAGUUCAACAAACAUAAUGCUUAAAAAAUCCUGCACUUGAUUAUGAUGGAUGUGUGUAAGAAAUGUUUGAGAAUUUUUACUAUUAUUGGAGGUAUCUUCUCACUUACAUUUUUUCUUUUGAAGAGUAUUUUUAUAUUAAAUGCUCCUAUUUUCUUUUAAAUAAGACUGUGCCUAUAAACUCUUCCUGUAUAUCUUAGGAAUUUGAUUGUGUGUCAGAGAAGUAAGAAGUAAUGGCCAUAAACUAAGAACACAAGAAGUUCACCUCAGCAUGAGGAAGAACUUCUUUGCAUUGAGGGUGGGUGGCAGAGCCCUGGCACAGGCUGCCCAGGGGGAUCACUGAGUCUCCCUCUCUGGAGACAUUCUAAACCCACCUGCACUCAUUCCUGUGUCACCUGCUCUAGGUGACCCUGCCUUACCAGGGUGUUGCACUGGGUGGUUUCCAGAGGUUACUUCCAACCCUAACAAUUCUGUGAAAGUACCAGUUAUUUGUAGUCUUUGCUGCUAACUUCAGUAUAGCAGCUCCCAUUUGGAUCACCUUGUGACCUGAGUAACCAUGUCCCAUUCUGGCAGAAUCUAUUAGUAAGCUGACUGAUCAUCACUGGGGGAAAAAAGUCUAAUGGGUAGUUGCACAAAUUCCUUAGAAAAUGCCCUCAAAAUUCAAAAGCCUGGUUUCUUAUAUUAUUCUAUUCCAUUAUUCUAUUCUUCUUCUAUUUAUUCUAUUUUUAUCCUAAUUAUUAGAACAAUAUGUUCUUUAAAUAGAAAUCAAUCGAACUUUUCUAACAGGAUGAAAAUCACUGCUAUUUCCACCCCUUAUAAUAACAUAACUCUGGAACUACACAAAAUCACCCUCUAAAAAAAAAAUCACAAAAUCAUCCUCUUAAAAAACAUCUCAAGACCAUAGGAAAAUAGUGUGAUUAAGCUGUACUUUAUAAGUUUUAUUGUCAGCUGACAGCCUCUUCCAAAUUUUAUAUCACAGAGUCUGUAGUUUUGAAAAUUGAGGAAUAAGAAUUUUAUAUUUUUAUUUUUUUUUUUUUCAUAUUGAAAUGCAUGUGAUAUAUUUAUUUCCCUUUAAUCAAGAUUUGGUAGGUAUUUUCUAUUUGUAGGAAAUGUUUAGAGCAAUUAUUAAUGAAGUUCAGGGAAAAAAAAACGCUUUACGGGUACAAGUUGGUCCAUUUACACAAAAUCAUGGGUUUGUUUUAAAAGGUAUUUUUAUAGGAUUGUCAGUGUUGUUACCAUAUUACAGUGGUGGUUUUAAGGGAAAACCAGUGUCAUAGGACUUCUGUCCUUACAUUCCUUUGUGAUGUGAGCAUUCUUUAGGUGAAGUUAGAUUAUACAGCAGUUUCGGGAGUGCUUCCAUUGUUGUAUAUAUCAGAUAUUGACCACAGUGGUACAAAAGAUUUAAAAACAAUAGCUAUUUUUCCCAUCUCUACUCACAGGAAGGUAACAGAUUGCUUAGCAGGGUUUUGAUAAUUUUAGGAAAAGCCAAAUUAAGCUGGUGAAUUUUGUAGUUACAAUAUCAUGGAAAGAUCAAAUAGUAAUUGUUAGCUGGCUGUGACUUGUUUCUGCAUUCUGUUUAAACACAGUGCGACCCCCUAGCAAUUUCUUCAAUGUCGUGUUCUGGGCUGAGUUCCUAGAGGCAGUGCUUAGUGUCUUACUGCUUAGGAUGCACCAAUGUGUAGGUCUCCCAGAGGCAGAGGUGCAGAAAAUAACACUCUUGGUGUGGCAAGAAGGCUUUUUGAAAAUCAGCAUUAACUGCACUUGAAACUUCAACUAAACUGACCGGGUAGUGAUGUGGUUCAUCACUGAGGCUCUUAGCAGGCUGUCUACUAAGUAGAUGAGCUGCUGUGUCUUGUGCAGAUUGCAGUUGAUGUAAUUUCUUUCUGAGUUUGGAGGUUUGUUGAUGAAUAUGAAUUGCGAUAAAAUACCUCAGGAAUUUAUAAAUGUCCGGGAAGUGUUUACGUUAAACUUGGCUCUGAAGGGAUAAAGAGAGCAUUAGAAACUGUGGGGUUAGUCUUGUUUUUUUGGGAAGAAGUUUCUGACCAGACAAUUUGCUUGUAUUUUCUUUGCAACUGCUCAGAGCAUUUAACCUUGCACUUGGUAGCUUGUUUUCCUUCUCUCAGUUUUGUCAAAAAAAGAAAUAAAAUGUUGAUGUUGUCCAAGAACAUCAGUACUUAGCUUUGGCAGUUGUUGGAUUUGAUGUGUGUGCCUCAAAACCAAGAUUCUGUCAGAAACAUGUAAUUUUUAUUUUUUUUAAUUAGAUUUGCAUUCUUAGCAGUGUAUCAGUAAACUUUGGUGCUGUUAAACUGAGACACAAUGUGUUAGAUUUGUGUGAGCUAAGUGUUUCAUCGUUCUGGAAGAUUUCCCUUUGCUGACACACUGGCAGAGGAGUGCCACUAGAUACAUAUUAAUGUGAAAUGACUGUCUCAGGUUCUUUUCUCUUACCCCUGCAAAUACAAGUGCAUUCUACAUUCUUCUAAAUCUUCCAAAUCAUGUGGAGUCUAAUGUGAGUAAAAGGACCCAGCCAGGAGCUAGGAUAUCAUUAAGAAGAGUGAUGUUAAGAUCAGUAAGAAAUUACACAAAAAUAUAUGGGAAAAAUUUGGCAUGGCAAAUAGUCACAUGUAUCGGAAAGGUGGUGUUACUUAGGAAGCUGAAAGUCAAGAACAGCUGUGUGAGUGCUUUGUACUAUAUCACAUUUAUAUACAACAGACCAGCUCUUGAAAUAAAGCAAGGUUAAAUGUACUUUUUAAUAAAAAAUUCUGAAUUGUAAAUAAAAAAGCCACUGAACUAGCACUAUCCCUGCAGUAUGUCUUCUGUGUGCUGCGUACUUAACUAGUGGCACAGGGAUAGUUUAGAUGUUUAAAUUGCUCAGGCCAGGUUACAGUUUUGGUAAUUGUGAAAUAAAGAAGUUUAAGGGUGAACAAAGCACAGGCUUCUUUUACUAGGUGUGAGUAGCUGAAAAUGUGAGGCCACAAUGAGAGAAGGAUGUGCUUCUGGUUCAGUAAGCUGUUACCACCAGUCCUGCUUUUAGUAGUUGCCAGUAGUGGUAUUGAGAGCCUGAGAGUUGGACACAAUCCAGCAGCUUGCAGUGUGAGGAUUUCUUGGGAUGGGAAUGGAAAUGCCUUUCCAGCUACAGCUAGUUAGCCUUGCUUUUGCAGUUCUAAUACCAAAUAUCUGAGCAAUGUAGUUGGGAACCUGUCAGGUAGUAUUUAUCUAUACAUUUUCACUUAAUUGAGUUAGUUAAAUUGAUAAAUAUUCUUGAGAUGAAGUAGCUUGCUUGAGCUUCUGAAUGUUUGUACAUAGCACCUUGAUCCAGAAUAUGGAAGUGCCUAACAUUUAUACAUUGAAAAUAAUUUAAUACUCAUGCCUUUUACAGGCCUGUCAGCUAUCCAGUAUCACAUAUCCUGUAACACAUAAGUUUUGCCACUCAAACAUUUUCAGUUGAUUCUUAUCGUUGUCCUGGCUGCUUAGCACACCUCCCUUCCUCUCACUUGAAGGUGAUUUAGGUGAUGAUGUAAGACUCCAAAAGUUAUAUCCUGUGAAAGAGAACUUCACAAAACUCUGGCCUGAUACCUGCCAACAUUCUAAGAACUUCUUUAGUUCUUCUUCUUGAGUGGGCAUUGUAAUUUUUAUUACUUGUUAUGCAGUUAGCAGUGAAGUGUUGUGGCAGUACUGUGUGCUGGCACAGAAACAUCAAAUCUGCUUUUGUGUGGUUUUCCACACAAAAGUCAAUAAUGUAGUUUAAAAAAAAAUAAAAAUUGUCAAAAUCCACUGACAUCUGUGGAAACAAUACAGCGUGUAGAGUCCCAGUUGCCUGGAACAGACUCAUAUUUUUAUGUAAUCCUUCACUAAAAGAUUGCAGAAAAAGAAACUUCCAUGAGAAGACCUGUUUUUCUCAGGGUUAGGAAAAAGAAGUUGCUCUGAAGUGGUUCCAUGUAAACAGUUGAGUUUAUAUAUAUUGAGUUUAUAAGUAAGACAUCUACUUGGUUCAAAUUAAUAUUUUCAGCACACCUUAAAAAAACCAAAAUCCCAAAAAGCAAAAACACAACCAAAAUGACAAUCCAAAGACAAAGCACCUUCUAUCUCAGGAAAAGAUGACCUGUGCAGAUUCCUCAAGGGUGAUAUUUUUUUAUAGUUCAGUCCUUUAUGAAUAACUAUUGUUUAUUAAUAGUCUUUCUGUAUUCUCUAAAUGGAUGCAAUAAUUGGGCUGAAAUCUGUAAUGAAAUUCCUGUAAAUAUGUACAUUUUUUUAUAUAUGUAAAUAAAAAAAUUAUGAAGAAAAA